UAAGUCAGGACUCAAAGGUGGAAGGCAGACAUAAGAACACAGUCAGUCAGGUAACUUGGCAGGCAGGUGUCGUCAGCCAGACAACCAGGUUAUUAGAGAGCCAGUCAGUGAGGUGUCCUGCCUAACAGGGAGCUAAAGAACCAGUUAGACGACCACCUAAAUUAAGUUCCACAAGAAAGUUGCUUUCAGUUACCUGAAAGUAUCUGUGCUCAUUGGCGGCAGGAGAGACCUCACAGCUCACAGAGACCCAGAGAAGACCAGGUCAGGACCAGGUCCAGCACCAGCACCAGGUCCCAGUCCCCGGCAGACAGGAUGCUGCCCAGGCUCCCGUGGCUCGUGAGGGCGCUAGUCCUCCUGACCCUCUGGGGGCAGCAGAGCGUGCAGGCCAGGAGAGGGCAGCAGCGCGUGCAGCCCAGGCGGGGGGCCAGGUGUGCUGAGGGGAAGGCUGCUUGCGCUGAUCUGCACACUCUGAACAGACUGCUAAUGAAUAUGGCUGCCCAUGGCAUUAAUGACUCGGUGCAUGAUGAACGGAUCCUUCUGGAGGUGAAGAACUUCCGUAAGAUCAAACAGAAAACGAAACUCCACGGGUGUGUUCUGCUGAAGGUCCUGGACUUCUUUGAGGAUGUUCUCCUGAAAACAGCUCAACAUCCUCACCUGAAGGCCUUCCUGCCCGCCAUGCAGCGAUGCGUCAAAGUGAAGGAGAAGAGUUGUGACGGACUGUACCACAAGGCCAAUUGGAACGCAGGGAACCAGUCCCAGCCUCUGUCCAGUCUGAAACCCAGAGACAUGGCCAUUCUGCAGCUACACUUGCUUCAGUCAGCCAGCGAGAAGCUGUCAGAUCCUGGCCUGGUGGACAAGGCUCUGAUGGAGAUGCAGGGCCUGGUGAAGGGGGGAUACGUGCAGGGGCGGGGCUGGCGUCGCUGGGAGAAGACGAAGCAGGGGUGACAUCACUUCCUGGACACGCCCACUUUACGAAAUAUAGACAACCUCCGGAAUGUCUCCCUCCCACGUCACCUUGGAGACGGACCCCUUCACCUUGGAGACGGACAGACGACGGUUAAAGAAGAUGGUGCAGUUGUGUAUUUGUGUUUUGUGUCCUUUUGUAUUCAUCAAAAAAAAAUGCUUUUAGUGAAAAAGCAAUAUUUGUCGACUCAUGAAAUUGUAGUUACUUUCACUUUUAAAAAGUUUUGAAACAGUUGUGAAAAGAUUCAAAAUGAAAAUAAUUAUUAGUAUAAACUGUCUGUAUUGUUGAUGAUACAAAGAAAAAGAAAGAUGAUGAGAAUUAGGAAGAUGAUUCCAACAUUGUAUUUUAAUUUCUGCUUAUAUUUUUGUAUUUGCUUCUUGUCUGUGAAGCUGAGGUCAAUUCUCUGAGUAACUUUACCAGAAGUGAGAAUAGAUCAAAACUGGUGUUGUACUUUCAAUGAAAGGUUCAGUUUGGGACUGUGAAGGCAGGCAGUAAUGUUUGGAUUAACCUCCUUGACUUCAUUUUUCUGUGAAAAUAUGAGGUGAGGUUAAUAUAUAGCUGGUGUGUGUGUUAAUGUAACCUGCUUUUGUGCAUGUAAGUCUUCCAAUUAAAAAGUGGCAGCUGAA